GUCCCUAAUCUCAAGCCUCAUUUGUCCUUUCCUUAUACACAGUUGAUUCCUGGUACUUUUAAAAACAAUGGGCAAAUUCAACACAACCCCACAAAACCCUUCUCCUACCAAGCCAUGAACACCAGCAGAUUUCAAAGCAUUUUGAGAACAUGGGUUUUUGAUUUCACUUCUCAUUGAUUUCAUUCUGGUAAGUUGCACUUGCCCAAUUCUAUUUUCUGUUCUUUUUUCUUCACUUAUUUCUCUUUCAUGUCAUUAUUGUACUAAAGAGAGACCGAAAGGCAAAAUUGCAGUUGAUAUAACCCGAGAAAAGUUUCUCUAUUGUACUAAGAAAUGAGGGAUUUCCCAUCUUGUUUUGGUGAAAAUGGAGUUCAAGUUGCUGAUGUUUCAUGUUCAGGAGUGAGUUUAAGUAAAACAUCUCAAAAUUUGGUUAAUUGCAUAUAUCAGUGUAAAUUGCUGGGAAAAUUAUGCUUAAUCACCAUUACUUGGAGCAAGAAUUUGAUGGGUCACUGCCUUGGUGUUGAGAUAGACGAUUUGUCUCAUCACUGUCUCUGUAGAGUUGAUGUAAAGCCUUCUUUGUUCUCCAAGAGAAAAGGGUCCAAGUGUCUAGAUGUGAAUUCUACUAAAAUUGACAUGUAUUGGGACCUUUCUAUGGCGAAAUUUGGAUCUGGGCCAGAGCCAUUAGAUGGGUUUUAUUUAGCAGUGGUGUGUAAUGGAGAGAUGGUUUUGCUUAUUGGGGAUCUGAAGAAAGAAGCUAUCAAGAAGACCAAUACCAUUCCCCCUCUAUCCAAUCCCAUGUUCAUUUCCAAGAGGGUGCACAUUCUAGGGAAGAGGGUGUUUGUUGCGAAGGCGCAAUUCUGCGAAAAUGGGCAGAUUCAUGAUCUUACAGUUGAGUGCGAUACUGUUGGCAGUGAUGAUCCAUGCCUUGUGGUUCGAGUAGAUGGCAAGACAGUUAUCCAGGUUAAGCACCUGCGGUGGAAGUUUCGAGGAAAUUACACCAUUUUGGUUGAUGGUCUACCUGUUGAAGUUUUUUGGGAUGUUCAUAAUUGGUUAUUUGGUACAACAUUUGGGAAUGCAGUUUUCAUGUUUCAAAGCUGUUUGUCAGCUGAGAAGUUGUGGUCAAGUGAAACAUUCUCUGAUCCCUCUGUGCUGCCCUGGCCUUGCUCGCAUAGUUUCCGGGAUUCUAAAUCACCAGGUCUUGGUUUUUCUUUGGUUUUGCAUGCGUGGAAGAAUGAGUAAAUGCUUGUUCUUCCUUGAUUGCUAACAAUUAUAGGUAGGUAGUUAAGUUUGUGAAGGAUUGUUUACGCAAGUGAUUACUUGGACAUAAUGAUGUUGAUGAGGGGGGAAAAAUUAGCUGGCUUUUUUACAUUUAUCAAUUGGCAAUUUGCUUUUCCUUUUAUGUUUCUUUUAAGAUUAAUGA